GAAAACUGAUGAAAAAUUUGCUGGGUGAAAAUAACCUAAUUAACAUGUCGCCAACUGGAAGAGGAGAUCAUACGGCCAUACCUAAACAAGUCCUAGAUAAUGUUGAAUCAUUUGUGAAGGAAAACGUUAAAAAAGGUUUCAAAAUUAAACAUCAAGAAUAUAUUAGAACGUUAACUUUAAUGUGCAAUACGCUUCGCAAUCAACUCAAGGCGAAAAACAAAACUGGAAAUGAUUCAAACAAAGGAAAACAAACCAAAAAGAAGAGAGGUGCAAAAAACAAUGAAAAAGUGGACAAGGAAAAACAGAAAAAUGGAAAACGCAAGAAAGCCUCGAAUGAAAAAGACGAAAAUUCAAGUGCUACUAAAGACGAAAAUCAAGAAGAAAUUGAAAAUACAAGAAAGAAACGAAAACAAGAUUUGACUGUGAUUGAUGAGAAUCGGAACGAAGAAAUUAAGAAAAAGAAGAAAAAGAAGAAGAAACAUGAGCAUGAACAAGAAAAAGGUGACGAAAAUCUGAAAUUGUCAGAAGAAACAAGAAAUGAAAACGACAAUGUGAACUUUAGUAAAGACAGUGAUGAGAUCUUAAAACUAAAAGAGGGAAUUAACAAAGAUCAAAGUAAAGAAGGUAAGAAAAAAAGGAAAAAAAAGAGGAAACAAGGUAACGAAGAGAAAGAAGACGAAGAUAGUGCAAAAUGGACAGAAGAAAGUAUUAGCGGAAAUGAAAAAGAGAAUUUGAAUCCCAGUGAGGAAACUGACGAAAUUUUGGAAGUAAAAGAUGGAAUGGGUGAAGAUCGAGAUGAGGAAAGUAAGAAGACAAACAAGAAAAAGAAGAAACAAGUCAAUGAAGAGGAAGAAUGAGAAAAAACUGAGAAAUUUUCAAUGAAGCAGCAGUAGAAAUGAAGAAAAGGAUGAAGUUUCGAAUGAAGAGAAUAAAGAAAAUAAAGAAACAAAGCUACGAAGAGAAAAAAAUUGAAAAAAAUAUCGAAUGAGAAUGGAAUGAAUAAAGACGACAAAAUGAGAGAUAAAUAAUUAAUUUUUUUAAUAAUUCGUUAAUUAAUUUAAAAUUUAGAAAAAAAAUAAUUUUCAAUAUAGUGAAACCUGUGUAAGUGGGACAUGUGUAAACCGUCCCAAUUAAAGAGGUUUUAUUGUAUCUACAUUUUUACACUUACACUAAAAAAAUUUAUUUUUAAAGAACGAUGUUAAUUUUUAAUACAAAUUUCAUUUUGUUCCGUUUUUAAAUUACGCUUACUUAAUUUGAAAUAAAAAUGUUCAAGAAAAAUUUUAUAUUUUUG